UCUUACAAUCAUGCAAGGAAAAAUAUCCUUAGAUAUUGAACAAAAUUUUCUUGAUACAAUGCAACAUCUCUUCAAUGAUCCUGAUUUUUCCCAAAUAUUAUCAGAAAUUCAAACUCCUAGACAAUACUCAACUACUUCUGAUCAUCAAAAAACGAUAUUUCCUAUAGCGCAAAAUUUUGUUCAAGAUAAUAUCCCGAUAUUACAAGAGAUGGAAGAAAAUAAGGAGUCAACAACACCUUUGGAGCAUAGGCCGAAAAAAUAUAAAGGAGUGAGAAGAAGGCCAUGGGGAAAAUACGCGGCGGAAAUAAGGGACCCCGAGAGAAAAGGAUGCCGGCUUUGGCUAGGUACAUAUGAGACACCUGAAGAUGCAGCAUUAGCUUAUGAUAGAACCGCGUUUAAGUUACGUGGUUCUAGAGCUGUAUUGAAUUUUCCUCACUUGAUUGAAUCAAAUGUAACAGAGAUUAAUAGAGUGAGGCCGAGGAGACGUCCUCGUUCUCCGGAGUUUUCAUCUUCUCCUCCUCCUCCUCGUUACGUAGGAGAUAAUAAUAAUGAGAGUAAUAAUAACAAUACUGAUAGGCCGAGUUCAAAGAGAAGAAAUGUUGAGCUAAUUAAUAGCUUAGCUACGGUAAACAAUUUAGAUGGUCAAAAUAUUAUGGAGAGAUGUUUGACGUCUAAUUAUUAUUUUGCCUGAAUUAAUUACAAGGUCAUCAUGAAAAGUUUCGUUGUGUUUUCCUUCUUGUUUCUUUAUUAAAAAUACACUAUUGUGCUCCAAGGAUUUAAUCAACUUUAAUUUGUACUAGUUUCAUUCAUUUACACUAUCGAUAUAUGAUUUUAUUUUUUU